UCCCCGGCUCUUAGGCGGCGCGGCGGGGCGGGGGGCUCAGUGCCGGUGCUGCCGCCGCCCCCGGUGCUCCGUGCCCCGCCGCCACCCCAAGCCCCGCCACCGCCACCGCCACCGCCACCGCCACCAUGGAGGCCAUCAAGAAGAAGAUGCAGAUGCUCAAACUGGACAAGGAGAACGCCAUCGACCGAGCCGAGCAGGCGGAGGCUGACAAGAAGCAGGCGGAGGACCGCUGCAAGCAGCUGGAGGAGGAACAGCAGGGCCUGCAGAAGAAGCUGAAGGGCACGGAGGAUGAGGUGGAGAAGUACUCCGAGUCCGUCAAGGAGGCCCAGGAGAAGCUGGAGCAGGCGGAGAAGAAAGCCACGGACGCCGAAGCUGAGGUGGCCUCUCUGAACCGCCGCAUCCAGCUGGUGGAGGAGGAGCUGGACCGGGCCCAGGAGCGCCUGGCCACCGCCCUGCAGAAGCUGGAGGAGGCCGAGAAGGCGGCGGAUGAGAGCGAGAGAGGCAUGAAGGUCAUCGAGAACAGGGCCAUGAAGGACGAGGAGAAGAUGGAGCUCCAGGAAAUGCAGCUGAAGGAGGCCAAGCACAUAGCAGAAGAGGCCGACCGCAAAUACGAGGAGGUCGCCCGCAAGCUGGUCGUCCUUGAGGGAGAGCUGGAGCGCUCGGAGGAGAGGGCAGAGGUUGCGGAGAGCCGAGUGAGACAGCUGGAGGAGGAGCUGCGGACCAUGGACCAGACCCUCAAAUCCCUCAUUGCCUCAGAGGAAGAGUAUUCCACCAAGGAGGACAAGUACGAGGAGGAAAUCAAGCUCCUAGGGGAAAAACUGAAGGAGGCGGAGACCCGGGCAGAGUUUGCCGAGCGGUCUGUGGCGAAGCUGGAGAAAACCAUCGACGACUUGGAAGAGAGUCUGGCCAGUGCCAAAGAGGAGAACGUGGGCAUCCACCAGGUCCUGGACCAGACCUUGCUGGAGCUGAACAACCUCUGAGCUGCCUGGGGAGCCCCCGCCCCUCUUCCCUACCCCACACGUGCACCCCACUGGCACGCUCAGGAUGUCAUCAGCUGAACUGCGCCUUGGCCAAAUCCACACAUCCGUUGAGAAGGGAAGCCCUGCAGCCUUACACCGUGGCUCGGGGGGCGUCUUGUCUGUGCACAGCCCGAACGGCUCUGUCCUGUCUUCAUGUCCAAAUAUUAAAGCAGUUUGACAAGAA